CAAGCGGUAUUGGACUGCUGUCAGCAAGUCAGCUUGCCGUUGACCGUAAACAAUAGUGAUUAUUUUAACUCGAUAAGUAUUCAGUGUAAUUUGUAGUGAACAUUUAUAAGAACACGCUGUAUACACAGAAAGAAAGUCUCUUCACCUAACCUACAUGACCAUAACAAAAGCUGACGCUUAACGCUUAACGCUUAAAGCAACAAUAAUGGGCUCCACAACUAAACUCACGUCAACAAAAUCGACUCAAACCGAGCAAUCUUCCAUUUCUGAUGAUGGUUUAAUCACAGUAUGUACGCUAAGAACCAUCUUAGCUUCUUUAUCCGAUCUCAACAAGAUGGUUGGUUCGAUAAACGCGGCCAAGCAAACCCCUUCUGAAGAUGAGCCACACACCGGCGACGACCCUCACCUGCCGAAUAUGAUUCUUCCGCCCGUAACAAGCCUUGAAGAAUUGUUUGAACUGGAAGAGAACGCUAGUAACGAAGAUUUCGUAUCAUCUGCAGUCAUUUGUUUUGGACGUAUGUUCGGCAAACAUAAUUACAAAGGUAGAGGAAGAACAGUGUGUCUCCGGCUUAUUGAAAGAGUGUUCGAAGUGCAAUUCUUGAGUAACUGUUCGUGGGCCGAAAAUGGAAAGGACGGAAACAUCGAUUUGAUAGACUUCGAGCAUACAUUUAACAUGUUGUAUAAGACAGUGAUAUAUACCGACCCGGAUUUUACUACACAGCAAAUGAAACAUUUUUUCCGAUUAGCCAUAAUGUAUGCCAAAAGACGAGCUAAUGAAAAAAGGCAAAAACAGUCCACAAUUACUGUACAACACGCAGAUAUUGAUGAAAGCUUUGAGGAAACGUGUUUGGACAGCAUUGUGGAACAAGAUAGCAUGGUGGAACAAGACAUUAUAGUCGAACAAGAAAACUUGAUGGAUCAGGUGACAAUGGAUGAACAAUUUAGGAAACAGGAUUCUAAUUUGAUAGAAAAUAACCAUUUAGAUAGUCAUGCUAUCUAUGAGACAGAGCACUUGUCCUCAAUAGCGAACAUUUCGCCGGAAAAAAAACAAUCUGAUGUAUCCACGCCAACUGAUACAUCACUAAGCCUUCCGAAUAAGAUCCUGCAACCGGUAAAAAAUCUUGCUGAACUCAGUUUGCUAGAGAAAAAAGCAAAGAACGAGGGAUUUGUUUUAGCAGUCAUAUCCCGGUUUGGAAAAAUGCAUGGAGAAGGAUUGCAUAAAGGCAAAGGAAAAACGAUAUGUUCCCGGCUUCUUGAUCAAUUCUUCGAGCGCGAUUUCCUGUGUAACUGUUGUCUUACAAGCAGUACCAAACAUAAGGAUAAAAUAGCUAUUGAGCGGUUCCCGAACACGAUCAAUUUACUCUUCAGGACAGUGAUCUAUUCCGAUCCAGAGUACACCAUGCUUGAAAUGUGUACUUUUUUGCAGAACACACUUCCUAUGUCAAAGACACGUUCUAAAACUAAACAAGAAGGCGAAGGCUCAGCAAUGAAUGCCAAGCGAAAUAAAUUAGUUGCAGAGCCCAACGAGUCAAAUCUUGUAUUAGCGACAGCAGCCAAAGAAGAUUUAAGUAGCGCGAAGGUAAAAGAAUGCCAGGAAGAAAUAACUACGAUAGAAUUAGUCUCAUCGGCGGAUCAUUGCGCUCUAACGACGAGCAGCACGUUAUCAACGGAUAGAGAUGGUCCUGCAAAAAUCGUUCUUGAAAUAAUAGACAGUCAAUUUGCCAAAAGCGACACGCCACUGUUGGAUGUGAACAAUCAAAUCGAAUCCAACACAUCAGAAACACAGCACAAACGAAUAGCUCGGGAAAAGGGUCUUUUGGAAUUGUUUCCAAAAACGAUACUGUCACCAGUAAAUAACUUUAAUGCAUUACGUGCGCUGGAGAAAAAGGCAUCGAGUCAAUCAUUUGUCAAAGCAUUGAUCUUCAGCUCUUCCAAAAUGUUCGCAAGAGGACAGUGGAAAGGAAAGGGAAGGAUCGUUUGUGCGAAGCUGAUUGAUCUGUUUUUCGAAAAAGAAUUUUUGAAGAGGUGUUCUUGGACGGGUAGUGCAAAAGAAAGUGGAGUGGUUGCAUUCAAAGAUUACAAUGGCAUCUUUACUAUGUUCUACCAAAUCGUCGCCUUUGCUGCGCCUGAUUUUACGAUGAAUGAAUUGGAAGUGUUUUUCCGUAGUCGACUGCGCAAUCGAAGAUAAAUAUAAUUAAUAACUGUAUGCUUGCAAAACUUAUCAUUACUUUUUCCACCAACACAUUUUUUUGUAAACCGUUGAAAAAUAUUUAUCUCAAGAUACGUAAAAAUCCAUUUUAUUUUAAACAAAUAAAAUAUUAAUAUACUGAGUUUACUGAGGAAUUCCGUGUGUAUACAAUGCAACAGUAACAUUAGUAAGCUUUCCUAGUUUGUCCAUAGAAGACUUCGAAUAAUUGCACAAAGUCACGGCCGGAGUAGGUUUACGGAUUGCCCAGGCAACGAUAUCAUGGGUUAGUUUGAGGUAGUAUAAUGGCAGUCUCUCGAAAACAUGAUAUUGCGAAUAUGCAGACCAUCCAUAAAGGCUAUAUGGUUAUCAGAAGUAUUUUCGAAAUUUGUGGAGUUUAGAAAUAUUAAAAUUCCCAAGUAUUUGCCAUGAAACAUAUUCGAAAAUUCCGACUGGCUUUUCUUUCCUCGAAUUCUGAGCAAUUCUAGCAACACAGUGAGUAUGGUGGCCGAACCACCGCAACUAAUCCAGAUCUUGGAACCAUGUAGCAUCGGCCAGCCGUCGUACCAUCGACCGAAUUCAUCGCCCUGCUACGAAUUAAACCUGCACGCCCAUCUCCCACAUGCUUUUCUGAGUGGCCUCAUCUGGACCUCCAUUC